GGAGAGGACCGGACGCCAUUGGAGGUGGGAUGGGCGGGACCAAGUCACGUAAGAGAGUGACGCAAUACGUCGGAUGGGAGUUCGCAGGCCGACGUUCACCGGCUUGUUGUUUGCUGUCUACAGCGGCAUCGUGUUGUCUCCGGCAUGGAGUACGUAGAUCGCUCCGCGCGCUUCUUACGCCCUUAUCUGGUGCGCAGUGUGGUGCGGAGGGCGAUGCCUUGGGGCCUGCUGGGCCUCAUGCUGGGCGGAUCCCUUAUCAAGGAGUUGGCGCCUCUGCCCGAAUGCUACAUGAGCAACAAGCGCAACCUGCUUAACGUGUAUUUUGUGAAACUUGCCUGGGCCUGGACACUUUGUCUGCAACUGCCUUUUAUCAGCAUCACUAACUACCUUGUCACACGGAACAUCGUGGUGGUGGUUCAGCGUCUCAGUGCUUUGAUGGUUGGUACUGCCAUUUGGUAUGUAUGCACUGGAGUGUUCCUGCACAUAGAGGACCUUACAGGCAGCUGCUACAAAUCAUCAACCCUUGAUGUACUGCGGAAGGAACAUCCCAACAGACUACAGUGUCACCAGGCUGGUGGCUUUUGGCAUGGCUUUGACAUCUCCGGGCACUCCUUCCUCCUCUCGUACUGUGCCCUAAUUACUGUAGAGGAGAUGGCUGUGUUGCACUUCGUGAACACCUCUCGGAAACCCAGAUUGCACACACUGGUCAACGGCUUAUUCCUGGUCUUGAGUUGUUUGACCCUGGUCUGGGUGUGGAUGUUUUUUACCACGGCUGUGUAUUUCCAUGACUUUUCCCAAAAGUUAUUUGGCACUUUGGUGGGCCUUUCGGCUUGGUAUGGGACAUACAGGUUCUGGUACCUGACUCCUUUGUCUCCUGGCCUUCCUCCCCAGAGAACUAGUGUGAGUACCCAAAAGUCCAACCGUAGCCUAUAAAAAACAGUGCCUAAGUCAGAUUUAGUUUUAAAGAAUAUUCUGUAUUUGUUAUCUAAUUUUUAAAACAAUUGUUAACGAUAAACUUAAAGGGAGUGGUUGGAGAUCAGGCAUGUUUGAAUUCUAAUUGGAGGUACUGAUCUAUUUCCCAGUAAAAGGAGGAUGCUGUUGGAAUCCUACUGAUCAAAUGACAGAUAGUUAACCUUCUUGACUAAUUCAAUGAAAACACUAAUGAUUGUGUUGAUAAUGAAAUCCAAAUUCAAAUAACUUGAGAUGGGGGACCCUUCUCAAGGUGAGCCACCAGCUCAUUGGCUAUGGAAGAGGCUAAGUUCAUACAUCAAACAAAAAACAGAACUUGCUAUAAAAAUAUAGCAACCUGCAAGGAAAAAAAACAUUGGUUCAGUCAGGUUACUAGCCAAGAGAGCUCCCUUGUUGAGACGUGACAGUUCUGGCCAUGGUAUACCAUAAUUUUGUAUUGAACUAUACUUGCUAUUAUUUCUUGAAGGCAAGGAUAGAGCUUGAUGAAAAAUGAAGCUUUCUGUUAAAUAGCCACCUGACCCAAUAUUUUUGUGUAAGGGAGGUCUGUCUGUUGAAUCAGUGGGAGUUAGAGCCGCUUGUGGAUUAACAGCACAAAGCUGUGGACAUAAAACACCUCUUAAUUCUCUGAAUAAACUCCUAUUCCUGCUUGUUAGAUGCUUUCAGUCUCCAGUUCAGCCCAACCAUCCCAUAAAAACUGCUACAAAAUGCAUUUCCAGAUCAUUUUCUUUAGACAAAAUGUCUUGCAUCAUCCAAGCAGUUCGGAGAAUUUAUUUCUCCAUGUGAUUAGAAUCCUUGAGUAUCUUGACAUUCACUACUGUGGCAAUGUAACAUCCCUGACUUUUGCAACACACUUUGUAUCAGUGUAUUCUUGUUAAAGCAGGGUGUUGGUUGCAAAAUUGCUGCACUUACAUUCUUCAUUCUUAGCUUACAGUAUUUAAUAGAUUAAGGUAUGUCCAUAAUCUGCAGCAGAAAGGCAGUUUGUUCUUUUAUGGGAACUAAUGUUCUGUGUAUAUUGAUUCCUACAGUCAUUUUUUGGCAUUGGAUAACAUCUAUAAAUGAUCUUGCAUCAAAUGAAACUUCACAGUGAAGAGUUUCUCCCCUACCCUUGAAUGACACUAACUUUCCAACACACACUAUUUUUAUGUAGCUUUACUGUGUUGCUUGCUCCAGCUCUGUGACUUGGCUGGCUGCAUUGAACAAGAAAUGCAAUUAUUUUUAGUUCUAACUUUUUCUUUAAAAAACCAAAAACAUUGCAACUUCAUGAAUGGUGCUGCUUUGUGCAUUCACACCCAGAGGCAUAAUGUACUUAGCUCUGGGCCAAAGACUGUAAUCCUCAACUCCAAAACUGAGGAAAUGCUCAGUGAGUGGUUUGAAGUUUCAUGUUAAGUGUGUGACUUGUAAGCUAUUUAAGGUGGUAUAUUUUGUAUUUGCACUGACAACUCAAUCCUAAAUGGAUUUGCUUACUUGUUAAGUACCUUCUAAUUUCACAGUAACCCCAAGCAUACUUAGAUGGAAGUUACUUCAGAAGUGAUCCAGUGGUGUGCAUGUGGCAUAUUCAUUUGCUGAAUGGGAUUUUUAGAUCCAAGUUCCCUUUAGCAGUUCCCGUGGAUGAAACUCCAGGUUGCUUUUCAAAAAUUAUUUCCAACUUAAAAAAAUGUCUUGCAUGAAAGAACAUGUACAAUGCAGAUAUAUAUCUCAUUGACUCCUGUGGGACUGAGAUGUCUUGUGCAAACAUGCCAAAUGUAAAUGACUUCUGAAUUGCAGAUCGGAGUUGGGUCAUACAGCACUAUUCCCCUACAUGAAAGCAGUUUGGAGCCAUCCUCAGAUGUUUGCACGUCCAUCAACUGGGAGCAAGGAGUAGCCAGAUAGUUAACAGUCCCACAGUAGGACUAAGAUAAGAUGAAAGAGGAUGGAAAUAACCACAGUUCCCCAAGUAAUUGGGAGGUUGCAGCAGUGGCCAUCUCAGAGCAGAUGUUAUUUAGAGGGCAUGGAAGCAACCUCAGUUUAAUUUUGUUGUUUUGUAAGCUGUCUUGUGGAUCCUUCUGGAUUAAAACAAUGGAACUCAAAUAUUUUUAGGACUUUACACACUAUGAAGGGCAAUUUUUACAACUAUGGCAGUACUUUUUCCAGCCAAUGUGAUCAGGGGGCAACUGUUGCUGUAACCAGCUAAGUUCACACUGACUUUUGACCCAAACAAAUUAGUCCCCUGAGGAUGGCUCAAGGCAGCUUGCAGGUAUUGGGAAAGUGCUAAGAACAGAUCCUAAGUAUUUUUCAUUCAUUUUGCUGACAUCUUGUCUAAUUGUGCUAUAAUCUGUAAGGUUACAUUUAUCUUUGCUUUAAUAUGAUUUUUUUUUAGUGUUUUGUAUUGGGAUUUAAACCCCCCCAGUAUGCACUAGAUACUUUCCCUCACUAUUAUUUAUGUGCAUACGUUUUAUUUAUCUGCAUACUUUCUGUUGACUGUGUGUGUUAAAUAUUGUAGAUCUGGUGGCUGAAUUUUUCUUACACAUAUAAAUGCUGGUCGUCAGCAAAACCCUGUUGUGGUGUAUAUAAAGCAUUGUUCUCUCUUGUCCUUAUGUGGUAUUCAUAUUUGCUUCAUAUUAAUUACUUUUUCUUGGUUUGUUUAAACACGAAUACCACCUUUAAUAGCUGUUAACAGUGAGUAGAACUAUCAAGCAGUCCUAAUUAUUUAUCAUUAUACUUACUAAACUGCUUCUACUUCCACUAGCAUUUAGCAUGCUAACAUGUGUCCCUCCAGAUAUUUUGGACUAUAACUUCCAUCAUGCCUGACCAUUGGCCAUGCUGGUUAAGGCUGCUGAAAGUUGGAGUUUGAACAACAUCUAGAGGAUCACAGGUUAGCCCAUCCCUUCGUUACAAUAAUGUCUUGAUCCUAAACAUGCACUUUAAACAUUUAUUUUAGGAGGAUUUUCUUGACAGUAAAGAAUCAGAAGUAUUAUGGACUAAACUUUUUGCAGCAGCUUGACCAGCAGUUUGUGUCACAAGCUUUUUUGCUGUCUUUAGUGGAGAGCUGGUUUAUGGUCCUAUUGACAUUGGCUUUCUCCAUAAAGCUCUGGACCUCAUCUCAUAAUUUAGUGCAGAUCAAUGAUUAGGAAGUAAAUGUAAAGAAAUGUAUUCUUGCAUUCUGGACUGUUAUGUCAAACCACUUUUAAGCUGUCAUUCCUGACUAUGACCUGACUUGUAGUUGCAUGCAGAUUGCUGAUUUUUAAAGCAUAUUGCCAGCUUCUGUUAUACAGUCCAUAUCUAUGAAAAUUAUUUAGAGUUUUUCCACUAAAUUACCCACAAUGUGAGCUGCAUCCUGUUUUUGCACAGUUCACAUUGACAUAUGUUAGGCUGGUUUGGACAAUCUUAUCAGUUUUAUAAGCUUAGAUAUGAACUAGCCUUCAGACCAUGGCAACAUAUCCUGGCUUGUUCCAAUGCAGCUAACUGUAGUUUCUCUGUUUGGAUGAAAUGGGAUAUGUACUGUUGGCUGAAGACUAUCUGGUUUGUUUGCUCACCUGAAAAGAGGAGCAAAAGGGCUGUGUAUGUGUCCACAAUGAUCAUUCAUAUUUCAGCUUAUUAAACCAAUGUAUGAUUGCCUGAACUGAUUCGCAUACCUAAAUGGAGGUAAGGUAUCGGGAACCUGCAGCCUUCCAGAUGGUGGACUUCCAAUUCCAUCAGCCGUAGCCAACAUGGCCAAUGGUCAGGGAUGAUGGGAGCUGUAGUCCAACAACAUCUGGAAGCCAUAAGUUCACCAUGCCUGAUAUAGGACAUACUGCUUACCUAAGUUUUAAUAACUUGAGGUCUGGCUAUGCUCAAAAUACUUUAAACCAUAAAUAAUAUUUUAAAGAUAAUAUAAUACAUAAUAAUAUAUUGAUGUCUAUAUUACGCAUUAAGCUGGUUAUCAGUGCAAACCUUAUAAAGGAAAAUUGGCGACUUGGAAAGAUCACACUUGCUUGUUAUGUUGUCAUGAGUAGAAACUGCAGCUGAUUUUAACCUCAAUGUGGCAUUGGAUCCCAGUGAUUUAACUGGGAUUUAUUUGUAUGUGUGUGCAUUUACAAUUGCAUUGUUAAAAGGACAGUAGGGAGAUCAUAUGAUUAGUAUUUGAAGAAGAGUAUAGGAAUCAAAAUAGUACAAAAAUAGUUAUGAGAAAGUUAGAGUGAAUUACUUUGAGAUUAAGGUAUGGAUUUAAAUUCUCUAGACAUUUUUUGGAAAUGCAUAACUUUGGACAAAUUUUAGUGUAUAUUUGAACACCCACAUGAUGAUAUUUAGGAUGAUUAAUCUGGGUGCAUUCAUGUGCAAAUCACACAUUUGGACAAAAUACAAAAUCCCAGAAACAGUCUUGUGAACUGCAAUUAUUAAGAAAUCUAGUGUCUUGUAUCAUUUACAUAUAUGUUGCUUGGAUAGAGCCAUUGAACAAAAUGUCUUAAUUUGUAAGUGAGCCUGGAAGAUGGUCCUGGAGCCAUUCAUUAAUUAUAAGCAUUCAACUGGAAGUAGUCUCCAGUUCCCUAUCCCAAAACAAUAGGAUGGCAUGGCAGAGAACUGACACUUUAACGUUACAACUUGUAUUUGAUCCAUAUAAUGUAAACCUUGUGUGUGGGUGUUGUGGCAAAAUGUUUGACAUGAUGUAUCUACAGAAGUCCUAUAGACACAUGUAUACAAUUGUAACAGACCUGACAUGGCUAAGGCAUGGAUAAAUGUUAUGGGAGGGGUAUGUAGUCCAGUGCGAGGUGCUUUCUUCUUGUUUUAGGGAAACCCUCUGAUUUAUGAACAUACCUAAGACCAAGCCUUGGUAUAUGGAGCUACAAUAUUCAGUAGACGGGUGAAAUGCUGGUUUUUUCUCCUGUGCCUUUGAUUGCUUUUGAGUUGGAUAAUGGCAGCUGGUUCCUACAUUAUGCUAAUAGCAGUCCAUGGAAUUCAAGGGCAGUGAAUCUUCUGCCCAAUGUCCUGUUUUCUUUGUGGAAGGGCGAAUAUUUUAUACAGUGAGGGGCGAGGUUGCCACUGAAGUGCAAAUGAAUUCACCUCAAGAAUGGAGGGAUUUGAUGUACUUGGUAAAGCAAAAAGGCUGGAUUUUAAAUGGGUUUUGUUAAAGGUCUUGUUUUUUAAAAACUUGAAAGAACUUGUUGCCAAUACCAGAGUUUUGUAUUUUUUUUAAGAACUGAUGUAUUUUAAAUGAAAGAAUGCAAAUAUAGCAAUGGAUACUGAUAAGAAAGCAAGUGUAAUCAUGACAAUAUUGGACUAAAACAACAUUGUCUUUUCCCAUUAAAGUUAAUGCAAUGCAACUCUUGUCAUUUUCAUUUGUAAAGAAUUUAUCAGAUGUGGGGAUAAACAAAAUGCAUCCUAUAUACUAAUAGUGAGCUUUUUCUCUGAGCCUUGAUCCUUAUGUAGGUAAAAUGGCACCAUCCACUUACAAAAGAGGUGUCACAGGCUUGUGGCAACACUUUUUGCAGAAAUGGGGGGAAAGAACCCAAAGGGAAAGACAUCUGCUUCCUAUGCCCCUGCCCAAAAUCCAGCCAACUGAGUAUGUUCAGUGGGCAUGGAAUGCUGAUGGACUCCUUGCAGGGGGGAGGGAGUAGAAUGGAGUGUCCUCAAGAGGGUGUGGCUGGUUGGAAUCGAAACUGUCCACACCGUGACAUUUUGUUGCACAUCCUACUGUUUUGUUUCAAAUACAGUUUUCUUUGUAAACGUGACAUUGUGGAUUAUACUAAAGGCGUAAUGUCUCAAUGCCUGCAAGUCCAGAAGCACUUAAGAAGUAAAAUCACUUGAAUUUAUGCAUGCUUAGUCGGAAUUACUAGGCUGUGCAUUUUGAAUGGCUUUAGUGAAUUAGGCAGGUAGGAUUAAUGGACAAAAUAUCCUUCCAAUCAUAGAGUAGACAGUUGAAUUUUAUUUGGAUUACCACUGAUUUUAAUUCCUUUCCUUAUUUUGUCCUAGGAGUCUGGACAUGGUUUUGAAAAAAUAUAUAUACAAGUGAGGGGCUAUUUUUCAGUGGUAGGGUGCAUUCAUUCCAUGCAGAAAGGCCUUGGUAAUUACAGUUAAGAAGAUUUCUGAACUGACCUUGAAGAGCCACAGUUGGAGUUGACAGUACUGGACUAAAUGGCCUGACAUAUAAGACAGCCUCAUAGGAAAUGACAAUUGACAGCUCAUGUUAUGCACAGACAUCUUAAUUGGGAUGUAUUGAAGUUUAAUCAACUUUCUUUAGUUAUCCUCCUUUAUUGGAUAUGUGAAUGCAGUGCUUUUUAUUUUUGUAAAAACGUGCCAGUGCUUAUACCUUGAUAAAAGUGUUGUAGGUUCCAGUGUUGUACGAUGAGUAACAUCACCAACAAGGGCUUAAUGUCAUAUGAUGUCUUAGAUGCACAGCUGAACCUUCUGGGGAUAGAAAUGUACUUCUCUGCUUUCUGGGGGAAGUUGCUUGGCUGAGUGCUGAUUGGUGUCAUGGCCAUUUGGGAUUAUGUAUUGUCUACUUUUGUUUAGCAUCCUGCAGGAAUAAAAACUUAAAAGUUGUUCAUGCUGGCAGUGGAACAUUGAAUUUUUCCUUCGAAAAUCAGAAGGCUGCCAGAAAACUAGAACAGGGCACAUCUGGGAUGCAUAGUGGCUGGGGUGGCUCUCUCAACUGAAAACACUUAAGCAAACACCCAGUUUUGCAGUGAAGGCAUGGGAGUCAGUACAGGAGGGAAAAAGGCAUGACUCCACAGAAUUCCUGCUAAGCAAUGCACUGAAAUAAGUAAGAAUCUUUAAUAAGUAAAUUGUGCUUCAACUACAUUCCCCUAAAUGGCUGGAGGAGUGGAAAACUUCUAAAAUGUUGAGGAGAUUAACUCACAGUUCUAAUGGUAGAAUUGUUGACAACAACAGAAGAUCAUAUAAGAAAAACUAAUGGCUUGGAUCCUAAGAUAAGUGAACUUGGUGAAGUUCACAAAAGGAAAGCUUCUCAUCGUCUUUCCUCACCUGUGCCCCCUGAAAAGUCUUGCUGGAAGGUUGGGGGACCUCCUGAAGAGUGUGUGUGAGAUUGCUGGAAGAGGGGCAAUUGCUCAAAAUUGACCUGCCCAAUAGCUGCAUUCCUCAGCAGCCCCCAGUACCACAUCCCACAUUGUUUCCAUGGUCCCCAGCCCUGAGGGGGCUGCAAAGGGAAUGUGGGGGCAGGAAACUUUCCUUAAGUUCACCCUGGAUUGGAUGCUGAGGGAAGUGAACUUAAGAAGUUCACUUAUCUUAGUUAGUUUAGGGUGGUAGAGAGCAAGUCUCCCUAAGUUUGGAUAACCUGUAUUCAGCUAAUCGGACUCUUACUGAAAAUACAAACAUGUGACUAAGAUGGAUUUUAAGGUAUCUUUGACUGAACGAACAUUUGCUUAAGGAAAUGUGUUUCCAUCUGCUGAAUUGCAAACUGGAUUUUCCCCUCCUCACCCAAAGAUGUAUUUAUUGUAUUAGGGUGUUGCACUACAGGGGCAGGUGCUGUGGCAGAAAAAGAUAGAUAUCUGGUGUGGAUGUCCAUGGAUAACAAAAAUGUAAAUAAUCACACACAUGUACAUGUGUGUGCCCAAACAUCACUGCUUAGUUCCAGCAACCAUAAAAUAGAGGUGUAACUGCUGGUGGAUUUGCAUGUGCAAAAAUUGUAUUUCUGCCCACAUGGUGUGGUGGAUCUCAAAGGGGGACAAAUGUUCUUGGGUUUGGUAAUGCAUCUCAAGAUAUCAGCAUGUAAACCUGUCUGCAUGGCACUCCAUGUUAUAUAGAUACAAUAAGUUUGGUUCUACACAUGGGAAGCUGUGACACAUUUUUCCAUUUCUGAACCUUGCAGGAAACACUUGUUCCAAAUUGCCUCUUAAACUGGGCCUAAACAUCUAUAUGCUUACGUCAUUUCCUCUUUGCCAAGUACCUUUAGUUCUCCCUAUUUUUGCACAAUGAAUUGCUGAAUUGUGUGCGAUGCUUGUUAAUCUGUGUGCAUGCAUGCGUGUGUUG